AUGCCGCAAGCCUUUGUGCUCCAGGACGUCGACGACAGUGGAUUGGCGUCACCUAUCCCAGCCGCUGUUCAAUCCGAUGUGCAGCUGGACUUGCAGUCGCCGUCAUCGACCCUAUGCCAGCACCUGGAUCCAGAGGCGCUACCGAGGCCGGACUACUUUGACUCGCUAGAUGAUCUUCACUUCUGGUACGAGAUGGAACUUGGAAGCUGGAACGAUGACGACUUCGAGUCUCCCAGCGAGCACAUCGGCCCCCCUAUACCCUCCUCCAGUCACUCGUCGGGCAGCGCCAAGUCGAAGCCCAAACUGCUCGUUUGUCAUGAUUUCCAGGGCGGCUACAACGAGGACCCUCAAUGUCAAGGCUACUCUCUAGAGCACAUGCAUCUCGUCGACACUUUCAUCUACUUUUCGCACAAACGUGUCAGCAUCCCGCCCAACGGGUGGAUCAGAGCUGCCGCUCGCACGGGCACAAAGGUGCUGGGCACGCUGCUAUUCGAGUGGCAGGAAAGCAUUCCUGAUUUGGCAAAGCUUUUUCGUGGACCGGAGCGGAAAGAGGUUCCUCGCUUCAAGGAACCCGCCUUUUCUCCGCAAUACGCCAUCGACUUGAUCGAGCUUGCAGCGGCACGCGGCUUUUCGGGCUACCUGAUCAACGUCGAGGUCGCCCUAGAUCUCGGGGUUGGAUGUUCCGGAAACCCAUGGCCAGCACAUAUGAACGAUCAGUCAAAGACGAUGGAGCGACAGUGGAAUGCUGAACGUCUCCGUGGCUGGGUGCAUUACUUGCGAGAAGAAGGCCGACGCAGCUACAUCACGGCGGGCAAAGAUCCAGACGAGUGGGAAGUGGUCUGGUACGACUCGGUCGUCUAUCCCUACGGCCAGCUCGCCUGGCAAGAUGCGCUCAACGAACACAACAUCUCGUACUUUCAAGCUGCCAAUACCUUCUUCACCAAUUACACAUGGGCAAAGCCGGUGCAGCCGCUCCCACCAGGUCGGUUGAUAGAUCCAGACGACCAAGACCCGCAAACACUGCAGCUGCGUGGAUACGGACUCACAGGUCCAAACGAUGGCGGCUUUCAUCCGCAGCUGCUCCUCUCGGCGGCGAUGGCGGACAGCGUCGACCGCGCGAGAAGCGAUGUCUACGUUGGCAUCGACGUGUUCGGCCGCAACUGCUGGGGCGGCUUGAAUUCGUGGAAGUCCCUCGACAUGAUUGGACCGCAGCGCAGUGGAGUCGUCGAGGAUGCACUCGGCUUGAGCGUGGCCCUGUUUGCGCCAGGUUGGACGUGGGAGGAGGAAAACGCUGGUCUCGCUCUGAACCUGCCUCAGAAACGAACCUGGUCGGACUGGUGGCAUGUCGACUCUGCCUUCUGGACAGGUAUUCCAAGCAAUGCUGCCGGGGGAUCUCCACACCGCAUCACAUUGCACGAAGACGCCGUCAAGCCGGUGCAGGCGUACUUGAACCGCUCCAACCUAGCCGACGAUCGAUGUUGUCGACGAGCAAGCGCAAACGGCUUCUACACCAACUUCAGUUUCGGAUCGGGAACGAAAUGGUUCGACGGUGGCGAGCUCGUAUACGAUUGGUCGAACGUGGCCUCUGCUAGCGGAAAGGCAGACGCAACAGCGGGAUUCACCGAUAUGGGAGUCAGCAUGCCCAAGCCAGACCUGUUCUUCGCCGAAUGGCAAGAUCGAAAGGGGCCGAAAACAACGUCACAACAAGCGCACGUUCCCUUGUGGCACUACGAUCACGACCGAGUCUGGGCUGGCAAUGCUUCUUUCGUCGUCUCCCUCGCCAACGAGGCUGGUUCGACCGAGGUGCAGUCACUGCGGAUACCACUCUGCUCAUCGGCCAUCUCAGCUCAGGUCAAAGACGCUACGGACCGAAACGGAUGGCAGUACAUCGUCGUGUUCGAUGCCAGUGGCGCUGGUGGCGUAAUCAUCCAGCCACUGCUCGAAACAUCUACCUCGACCCUGGCUGGCAUCGCAGCGGACACCAAGUACGAGGACCUCGGCAACGGAUGGAAGGCAGCGAGUGUCACGGUCCCAUCAGAAGCUUUGGGUCAGGACAUCGCGCUGCUCACGCUCGGCGUUACGGCUACGCUGAAAUCUCAAACCACGACACAGGUGCGCAUUGGAGCGCUGCAGCUUCGUCGAGCAUCUCGCUCUCCCGAGAAGGAACCCGCGUCGUUGCAGAUACGCCCAGCAACUGAUAUGUUUGACUCAACGUCGUACGACAAGCAGUCCAAGUGGCUGCGCGCAUCGAUCCUCAGCUGGAUCGCACCGGGUGCCUUCCUUGAGAGCAUGUACUGCAACGUGUGGGUGCAGCAAGUCGACAAGCCGGAGACGAGGGUCUGGCUCGGCACUUCGACGCGCGAAGCUAAAGCCACCGAGUUCUGUCUGCCGAGUCACCUGGCACUUCCGAAACACCUGGCUCAGGACGAAAGCGGUGGAUUGGAGUAUGUGAUCACCUCACUAGACAUCCACAACCCCGUAGACUUAGCAACAGGCAUCGCCCCGCUCCUAUAG